AUGAUGAAAAAGGAGAUUAAAGAUGCGGUCAGCCCACCUGAUAAUAAAUUGAGCAGGCUAGAUAAUCGGGUCUAUGCACUUGCUGUAGACAUGGCUUGUGUGAAGACGCACCUUGGACUAACUGAACUGAAACAGGAUUCUCCCGCUUCUCCCGCUUCUCCCGUUUCUUCUCUCAAACCAAAGGCCAAGUAA